AUAGCAAUUUGUAGAGGUUUGAAUGGGAUAGGACUUGCAAUAGUCACUCCAGCAAUCCAAUCUCUCGUUGCCGACUCAACUAAUGAAAGUAACCGGGGUACAGCUUUUGGAUGGCUACAACUAACAACAAAUUUUGGUUCCACCCUUGGAGGGCUUAUAUCCGUGCUGUUAGCCGAAACAUCAUUCAUGGGGAUACCGGGCUGGAGAAUCGCCUUUCAUUUGGUUGGUAUAAUAAGUGUUUCUGUUGGAAUUUUGGUCCGGAUCUUUGCCACCGAUCCCCGCUAUCUUGAUAGUGAUGGAAAUGCAAAGAAUCAACCUCCACCGCAACCAUUUCAAGAAGAAAUGAGACAACUGCUAAAAGAAGCAAAAGAAGUAAUGAAAGUUCCCUCCUUUCAAUUACUUAUUGCCCAAGGGAUUUCUGGCUCAUUCCCCUGGUCAGCAUUGUCAUUCGCUCCUAUGUGGUUGGAGCUUAUUGGCUUUUCUCACAAGUCAACAGCCUUCCUCUGGACUUCGUUUAAUGUUGCUCAGUCACUUGGUGCAUUGUUCGGAGGUAUAAUGGGGGAUAUCAUGGGCAAGCACUUGCCUAAUUCUGGUAGAAUUAUUCUAGCUCAAAUAAGCUCUGGUUCGGCAGUUCCUUUAGCUGCAAUUCUGCUUCUGCUAUUGCCGUAUGAUUCUUCAUCAGUUCUGGUGCAUGGCUUAGUCAUGUUCAUCAUGGGAUUAUGCGUAUCGUGGAAUGCUCCAGCAACUAACAAUCCAAUAUUUGCUGAGAUUGUUCCAGAAAGAGCUCGAACAAGCAUUUAUGCUCUGGAUCGUUCUUUUGAGUCAAUUAUAUCGUCAUUUGCUCCUCCACUAGUUGGCAUUUUGGCUCAACACAUUUUUGGUUUCAAACCAAUUCCAAAGGGAUCAACGGGCUCGGAAGAAAUUGAAACAGAUAGACAGAACGCUGCCUCACUUGCUAAGGCACUGUACACUGCAAUAGGCAUUCCAAUUUCUUUUUGCUGCUUCUUCUACUCCUUCCUCUAUUUCACAUAUCCACGGGAUAGGGAUCAUGCCAGGCUGCAACAGACUGAGGAAACAGGCAAUGCUCUAUCUGAAGAACGACAAGCCUUACUUGAGAAUGAUGAGCAAAGGCUUCUUUCGGUUAGUUGAAUCUUCGGACAAGAUAUCACACAUAUUUAUGUAUAUGCGUAGAAUCCAACAUGAACACAAUUCACUUCUUCCUAUGUUCGUUGACUUUUUGCCAGCAGUGGCAGCAUCAUCUUAUAUCCAGGAGUGUCUUUGUCAGGAAAAAGUACACUGUUUAGCUAGGUUAAAAUUUAAUUUCAUAUAUAAAUACUAUACAUUAAAUCCCUUUUUUUUUUUUGUGUCUCUUUUUAUAUUUUGACACCUCAAUAAAACUCCUGGUUCCGUCACUGCUGGCCAGUUAUAUUGUAUUAACACAGACACUUUAGAUGCUGAAUUGGCAAAAGAAUUGAAUUAUUUACUCAAAGAUGUGAUAUAGUAUUCUGAAUUGUAUAUGCUUAUUAAUUUCAAGUGGAAAUUACAAAAGACUUGUUAACUGUGUA